GUCCUGGAGGACUACGCAGAUCCCUUCGAUGCGGCGCAGGUGGCUGGUAGCCAGGCAGGGCUGGAGAAGGUGAUGGAGAACGAUGGAUACAUGGAGCCCUAUGAAGCCCAGAAGAUGAUGGCUGAGAUCCGCCAGAAGGGCUUACGGGAGGCACCUGCCCGGCCGCUGCACCUCUAUGACACUCCCUACGAGCCUGUGCUUGGAGGGCUGGACAUGGACGGUGACCGCCUGGUUUGCCCCAGGCCCAGGGAGUCCCGGCUGCCUGAGGACGACGAGCGGCCGCCGGAGGAGUAUGACCAGCCCUGGGAGUGGAAGAAGGAGCGGAUCUCCAAAGCCUUUGCAGGUCCUUCAGAGGGGCUGGGGUAUGGCCGCACCUCGCCCUGCAGGGAGGAGAAGACCAGGGCUGCCCUCAGGCAUGGCUCCAGCAGCCUCAAGAGCACGAAGACGCUGAACGCCGAGCCCGGCUGGUACCACGGGGCCAUCAGCCGGACGGACGCGGAGACGCUGCUGCGGCUGUGCAAGGAGGCCAGCUACUUGGUGCGCAACAGCGAGACCAGCAAGAACGACUUCUCCCCCUCCUUGAAGAGCAGCCAGGGCUUCAUGCACAUGAAACUGUCCCGGACCCAAGAGAACAAGUAUGUGCUGGGUCAGCACAGCCCACCCUUCGACAGCGUGCCGGAGAUCAUUCAUCACUACGCCAGCCGCAAGCUGCCCAUCAAGGGGGCUGAGCACAUGUCCUUGCUUUACCCGGUGGCUAUCCGUACCCUAUAG